UGUGUUUCCGUUAGCCACCCGUCGGCGGGCCAGCCGGUGUUGCAAACCAAGCGCGUCAGCACUACUCUCCGCUCACCUCCCAGCAAACGACGUUACGUUGGAGCUUUUUUAUUUUUAAACUUAACCUGAAAUGGCGACGGCCAUAUAUUUGGAACAUUAUCUAGACAGUAUUGAAAAUCUUCCAUGUGAGCUUCAGAGAAACUUCACCUUGAUGCGCGACUUGGACAACAGGACUGAAGAAAAGAAGGUGGAGAUCGAUAAGCUGGCCGAGGAGUACAUUGCCAACGUGAAGAACCUGGCGUCAGAGCAGCGAGUGGAACACCUGCAGAAGAUCCAGAGCGCUUACAGCAAGUGCAAAGAGUUCAGCGAUGACAAAGUGCAGCUUGCCAUGCAGACCUACGAGAUGGUGGACAAACACAUCCGCAGACUGGACGCAGACCUGGCACGCUUCGAGAACGAGCUGAAGGAGAAACUGGAAGUGAGCGGCUACGAAAGUGCAGAAGGACGAGUGCUGAAAAAGCCUGAGUCCCGCGGCCAGCGAGAGAAGCGCGGCUCCAGGGGAAGAGGGAGGAAAGGCUCUGAUGAGGACUCUCCCAAAAAGAAAAAGAUGAAAAACAGUCCGGACUUGAGCGACGCCCUCUUGCCCGUGCAGCCGUCAGACGUGCUGGACAUGCCUGUGGAUCCCAACGAGCCUACGUACUGCCUGUGUCAUCAGGUGUCCUACGGCGAGAUGAUCGGCUGCGAUAACCCCGAUUGUCCCAUCGAGUGGUUCCACUUUGCCUGCGUCGACCUCGCCACCAAACCCAAAGGAAAAUGGUUUUGUCCAAGAUGCACUCAAGACAAGAAGAAAAAAUAAGCAGCAUUCAUUGUGUAAUAUUGGAGUAAAAUAGUUUAAUUAUAUACAUAUAUAUAUAUAUAUAUUUUAGUUGCACACUAGAAAUUAUUGCGUCAUUAAGCUUUGUUUAAAAGGCCACAUGUGGAUUGUUGAGCACCAUCACGUUUAAUCAAGCGGCGUACAAAUUCACUUGCGUACGACUCAGAAUCCUGCAUUGUGGCUAAAGGAUACUUGAAAUUGUAUUUUUUUUAUUUUUAAGAUAUAGAAGCCUGCUGAGAAAUGAAGCAUUUUGUACGUCUUUAAAAAGAUUUCUAUGUUACCUACCUCCAGCACACAAGGUUGGACAAACCCCUGCCCGCCCCAAAAAAUCCUGACUUUUUUGAAUGUAUUGUGGUACUUGUGGUCAACGAAAAGCACUUUUAAUAACAAACGUUCCCCUUUUCUUAGGUCUGACACUGCAAAGUUAGUCUCACAUUAUUAAUUUCAUUUCAAACCAUGCCAUAUUUCAUAUGGACCGACUUUUUCCUCUCGCACACAAUAACAUGGAAUUGACUUUAAGCGUCUUAUCCCAUAGUCGACUGUGAACGCAAGUCAUGUAAGCCACAAACAAAGAGCCAAAGGUAAUGUAUUUUGUAUAUUCAAUAUUUUAUAUCAAAUAAAUAUCCUCUAUUAUUCA